GCCACCUGUCAGUGUCCAUCAGUGCCUUGUGUCAGUGCUCAUCAGUGCCUCAUGCCAGUGCCCAUCAAUGCCACAUAUCAGUGCCUACCAGUGCACAUCAAUUCCACAUAUCAGUGCCCAUCUGAGUUGCCUUUCAUCAGUGCCACCUAUCAAUGCCAAUCAGUGCCACCUAUCAGUGCCAGUCAGUGCUGCCUAACAGUGCCAGUCAGUGGCGCCUAUCAGUGCCAUGUAUCAGUGCUGCCUUUCAGUGCCCAUCAGUGAUGCCUGUCAAUGCCUAUCAGUGUCACCUACCAGUGCCUCAUCAGUGCCCAUCAGUGCAGCCUAUCAGUGCCCAUCACUGCAGCCUCAUUAGUGCACAUCAGU